CUAACAGCAGGUGUUAGAGCUCUAACACUGAAUCAGACAGAGAAGUAGAGGGAGAGAAGGAAAGAGAGAAAGAGGGGAAGACAUUUGGAGGUGAGCGAUAGCAAAAGACCACUCUGAAGCAAUUAAGUAAAAUGAGAGGAGAGGUAGAAACUAAGAUCCUGUGAGAGACGGAGACAGCGAGAGGGAGAGAACAUAGUUGUAUCCAGCACUUUCCUGGCUAGGUUCUGCUGCAUAGAGCAGUGCUGAUCGUCCACUGAUCUCUGCAUCCCAUGCUGGACCUGCCUCUGCACUCCACUCGCUCUGCUCACACUGGUGCCUAGAGCAACGCAAGCGCCUAUGGCCAUCCAGUAGGUUCACGACGAGCUAGGGUGUUCUGGGUGGGGUUGAGGACGGGCUCAAACCGUGAGCUACGGCUCAGAGGAUCGCAAGUUCAAUCCCAGCACUAGCAAACAGGAUGGAAGGAUAUCUCGUAUCUCUGACACACUAGAGCCCUUGCUGUCACACUCCCAUCCUCCAUAUCGCGCUCGCUCGUUAUCAAAGGGCAGCAGAAUGGACGAGCAGAGAUGCACCUUCCCUCCACCCCUCAAAACAGAGGAGGACUAUAUCCCUUACCCCAGCGUUCACGAGGUCCUGGGUCGUAGGAGCCCCUUCCCCCUAAUCCUGCUGCCUCAGUUCGGGGGCUACUGGAUCGAGGGGACCAAUCACAAACCCAGUGCCACACCUGAGCCUGAGCAGAAGUCCUGUGCUUCCUCCCACAUCAAGCUGGAGACCAACAGCAUGGCCAAGAUCUACAGGAAACAGUUCAUGGGCAAGGAACACUUUAAUUACUACUCCAUGGACAUCGGCCUGGGCCACCUGGUCUUCUCCAUGAAGUAUGAUGUCAUCGGGGACCAGGAGCAUCUCUGCUUGCUGCUAAGGACCAAAUUAAAAACUCACCAUGAUGUGAUUCCUAUCUCCUGCCUGACUGAGUUCCCCAACGUGGUCCAGAUGGCCAAGCUGGUGUUUGAAGAGGUAAAUGUGGACAGAUUUUACCCAGUCCUCUACCCAAAGGCUUCAAGGCUCAUUGUCACCUUUGAUGAGCAUGUCAUCAGCAACAAUUUCAAGUUUGGAGUCAUUUAUCAGAAGUUUGGCCAGACCACUGAAGAGGAGCUAUUUGGGAACAGCGACGAGAGUUCUGCUUUUGUGGAGUUCUUGGAGUUUCUGGGGGACAAGAUUGAGCUCCAUGACUUUAAAGGGUUCAGAGGAGGACUGGACGUCACCCACGGCCAGACAGGAACAGAGUCUGUCUACACUAACUUUCACAACAAGGAGAUCAUGUUCCACGUGUCCACCAAGCUGCCAUAUACAGAGGGAGACUCUCAGCAGUUGCAGAGGAAGAGGCACAUAGGCAACGACAUCGUGGCCAUCUUGUUUCAGGAGGAAAACACACCCUUUGUGCCAGACAUGAUAGCCUCCAACUUCCUGCAUGCCUAUGUGGUGGUGCAGGUGGAGAAUGCCUGCUCAGACAAUGUCACAUACAAGGUGUCUGUGACAGCGAGAGAUGAUGUGCCUUUCUUUGGACCCGCUCUACCGGACCCGGCCAUCUUUAGAAAGGGGCAUGAGUUCCAUGAGUUCCUGUUCACUAAGCUGAUCAAUGCGGAAUAUGCCUGUUACAAGGCUGAGAAGUUUGCAAAACUGGAGGAGCGCACGCGGUCGGCCCUGUUGGAGACCCUGUAUGAGGAGCUACACAUCAACAGCCAGUCCAUGAUGGGCCUGGGAGGGGACGAGGACAAACUGGAGAAUGGGGCCGGGGGGGGAGGGGGCUUCUUUGAGUCCUUUAAGCGGGUGAUCCGCAGCAGAAGCCAGUCUAUGGAUGCCAUGGGCCUCAGUAACAAGAAGCCACACACUGUCUCCACUAGUCUCAGUAGCAGCUUUACCGAGACCCCCAAAACCCCAGGGAUAUCUCUGAUCAUUCCUGGGAAGAGCCCCACCAGGAAGAAGUCUGGGCCCUUCAGUGCCAGACGGAGCAGCGCCAUCGGGAUUGAGAACAUCCAGGAGGUGCAGGAGAGGAGUCGGGAAGUGUCCCCCAGCACACAGAGGACUCCAGACAGUGGACACAUCUCCCAGGACCCCAAAUCAGAGAACUCAUCUAAUCAGAGCUCACCAGAGAUGCCCACAACAAAGAACAGUUUGGCCAUGUGUUGCAGGGCCCCUUCUAUCCCUGAGGCCCAAGAUCUGUCCCGCUCCUCGUCCAACGCCAGCAGCUUCGCCAGCGUGGUGGAGGAACACGAUAACGAGGGCAUCGAAGAGUAUGACACAGGACUGGAGAGCCUGUCCUUUUCUGGAACACCACACAAGAGAGACUCAUUUGCGUACGUCUCCUGGGUAGAGGAUAGUGUGAGCAGUACUAGUGCCACCAGCCAGGGCAGCUCUCCAGCACUUGCACGGUCCCAGCAGCCUGAGGGGGGCAAAGGGGAAGAGCUCAAGAAGGCGGAGAGCCGAGACAAGACAGAGCGGUCACAGGAUAAGUCAUCAUCGCAUUCCCAUAAGAGGCACCCCCUGCAGGAGAUGAAGCAAGCGCACGUGUGUUCCACCACAGAUGCAGAGGAGGAGCAGAGCUAGUCGCUGGGACAGACAGCUAGACCUGGUGUAAACUAGUCCAGUCUGAACAGCCAGGUCCAUGGACAUGCACUUACAGCCUUCCCUCAUCCCAACUCUUUGUGGCUGACUCCCAGCAUGCCUAGAGGGGUGAAGGAGAGGAUCAGCCCGCACCCAUUCCCAAAAUGAGUGCCACUCAGACAGUAUCGCUUCCGGCUGUUGUCUGUUGGCUCGCUUAGCCUGCUUAUAUUUCUGCUCCAUGAGCUCUGUGAAGCCUAAAUCUGUUCAUGUGGUAACUCAUAGUAUACUCUCCCUUGUCCUCUCUAUGGCAUUGUUUUUGUUUUGGUUUGAAGGUGGAGUGAGGGGAGGAUCUUAAGCAUUAGACAGAUUGGUGUUGCAGGAGAUCCGUUGAUCAUGCAUUAGGGGAAGUUUUCUAUUAGGCUAAAGAGAAAUGCAUGAGGACGAUAAGAGGGUGUUGUCCUGUUGUCAUUGUUGGAAGAACUGACAUUAUUGCUCCCAUCAACCUCACAUCCCACCAUGAUGCUGUACAUUUGUUAUUCUUGGUGUCCCGGAUCCUUUGAUGUCACACCAAGCCUUGUGUUUUAUUAAUGGUCAAUUAAGAGUGUAAUGGGGGAUGUUGACUAGAGAUUUUUAGUAAAUGUUACAUGUUUUUGAUAGAAGGUACUUUUAUCAUCAUGCUGCUGCUGGUUUUGAUUCCAUUAUUCAUUUCCCCUGACAAACUGUACAAUUGCAGUUCACAGUUUAUGUUGAAUGGACAAUAUUUUACUGACCCCAUAAUUAUAGUCAAUGUAUUUCAGGCCAUUUAAAGGGGUAAUCUGCAGUUCAAACAAUAACAAAGUCUUUACCCCGCCACUGUAUCGAUAACCAGCUGAGUGAUGGGGUUGGCGAAAAGUAACCACUCUAAAAUUCCUAGACAGAGCUAUGGAUGCAAGGACUGACCAUCCAUGAUAGCAAAAUUAUACUUUUAACCAUGUUGAGGCUAUAGUGUUUGUUUACAGUUACCUUGUUUACUAACUAAUGAGUAAAACACGCUUAUGUUUGGGGUUUUGAUGGGGUACGACAGUUGAACUAAGCGCAUGAAGCAUUUAUAAGUAAUAUUCAAGAAUCAAUGGGUAUAUAUAAUUAAUUGAAAUGUAAAAAAAUAGAUUGCCCCUAUAAACUGAGACAAAAACAUGAAGUAUUGAAUUACCAAUAAGGUCUGGUGUCCAAACUAAAUUACUCAGCAGUCUUCAUCACUGUCCCAUACUGUAGAUAGUACCACACAGUCAGACAUUCCUCCAAGGUGACCUAACCAAAGCACACAGCCUCCAAAGCCAAGCUAUUGUCCAGUGACUACUGUCUUCAGUUUAUUUUUUAAAACCUAAAGUUUGAUUUAAAGUAUGUGUUUGGAUGUGUAUGCAUGGUGAAUGGUGUAAAUCUGCUUGCAAAACCAUGUCAACUGUACAGUACCACGCAGGAAAUAGAUUGUUUCUUAAAAACCAGUCCAACUUCUCUAGAGAAGCAGACAGAUAAAGAGUCAUUAUUUCUUCAAAUCGGUUUCGAUAGAGAAAUAUGGCGAUACAAGUGUAAUGUGGAAACCGGCACUACAUUUUCAAUUAAUUGCUGAUCAUUUGAAAAUCUGACUUGUGACAAGUCUUGAAGUUGCCUUUUAAAUGAUUGUUAAGUAAGCUGCUUUGUAGGAGGGUAUCCCCCUUCAUAUAUGGAAUCUAUCCCAUGGUGGAUAUCGCCUACUGGAAUCUAUCACCAACUGGUUUGAAUGUAAAACUAAACAGAUACAUGUAUUCAUUUGUAGACAUCUGCUCUCAAUGAAUGGAACCUGGGUAUCUUGUGUAUUGUUUUACAUUUCCUGAUUAGAGAUUUUCCCUCAUCUCAGAUUUAUAUAAUGAAAAGACCUGGUAUGAAGGCAUAGUUUCCAUUACUUUUUAUUUCAAUUAAAUGAAUGAAGUUGCACUUUGUCAGUUGAAUUUAGUUGCACUUUGUCAGUUGAAUUUAGUUGCACUUUGUCAGUUGUGGCAUUAAUGCAUAAACCUUUUAGACUCCUUUGGAAAUCUUUCAGUUGAAUCUAAAGGAUCUCUGUAGGUAAGGAACACUACAUCAAAAUACAGUUAGUUUGACAUGUAUUUAUUAUUAAACACCAUUCUGAAGAUUAUGAUUCAACAAAAAACUAUUACCGGUAAUUGAAAUGUGAUUGGAAAGAUGAGAAAGUAACCUUUCAUCAGCUUAAGAGAGCCUUUGGAGUCAGUGUGUAUUCCAGGCACUGAAACUCAAAAUAUAUCAAACACAAUUUUCAUCUCAAAGCUUAAAAUAAAUGUAUUAAAACUCACAAGUCUUCAGAAAUGCUUGAAUAGUUGGAUCACACCCUCGGGUGGCUUCAGAUUAUACACAUUUAUCUGUGGUCCUGUUCAUCUGUACCUGUGUUUGUACAUGUAAAUGCAAGACACUUAGAUUGAGCACCCAGCCAAUCCAAACAGAUUCAGCCUACAAUGUGCUUAAUUCAGAUGAUUGUAUUUCUGUUCUCGUUGAUAAUCUCCUUAAGCCCUUGUAUACGUUGUAAAGUCUUGUAUAUAAAUAUAGCUUUUCAUCCUUUUGUAAAAAAAGGCAAAUACAUGUUUAAUAAAGACAAAGGGGUAAUACAGUA